AUAUUUUGAUGAUCCAAUAGAGAACAUUACUGUCUCAUUCUGCUUUCAUACGAUCGUGUGCAAGACAAUCUCAAGAUUUUGUUCUUUUUGGCUCGUUCUUUCGUAAAAAAACUUUACCAUGGCCGAUGCACCAGUAAAAGCUGUUGAAGAAAAAACAACAAAGCUUUCAAAGAGGAGAAAACCUCAACAAAAGCGAUUGUAUGCUAAAGCUGUAUUUUCUGGUUAUAAACGUGGACUUCGUAAUCAGCAUGAAAGCACAGCUCUUUUAAGUAUUGAGGGCUGCAGAGUCAAGGAAGACGCUGAUUUUUAUGUUGGAAAACGUUGUGUCUAUGUAUACAAGUCCCAACAAAAAAAGGACAAGGUCCGUGCCAUCUGGGGUAAAAUCACAAGACGUCAUGGAUGUAGUGGAAGUGUAAGAGCUAAAUUCCACACAAAUCUUCCAGCAAAAGCUAUGGGACAUAGAAUUCGCAUUAUGUUGUAUCCAAGUCGCAUUUAAAUUAAUAUAAAAUGUGUUAAAUAAACUAUUUCUAUUGGAAAACAGUAA